AAUUCCUUUCACUUUCCUUUCAGUUGCAAAGUUUAAUUAAUUGGCUAUGGACCGUAGAAUGAGGCCGGCGGCGUACAUGCGGCAAAAGAGCGUAGCGGCGCCGUCGUCGCCAGUGUCGCCACACCGGCACACACGCUCAGGAUCAGCUGGCGUGUCGAAUGUGAGAAAAGCGCAAACGAAAGCCGCGGCACAACGAUUGGCUGCCGUGAUGGCACACAAACCAUCUGAUCAUCAUGAGAAUGACGACGAAGACGACGAAGACGAUCAUUCUCAUGAUUAUAGCGGCAUUGGCCUUGCCGUCACUGGUGGUAGAGCAAUGCAGUCGGGCUCGCGGUCUCCUUUGACCAGACCCAUGCCUCAAAGGCGUAAUCAGGUGAUGAACCAACCAGCUGAAGAUGACAAUGGUGAGGCCUAUGAUUAUGGCUUGGUCACUAGUGCGAACAUUGGGCUGGGUGGGGGAAGAGCAAUGCGAACUCGCUUGCCUAUGACCCAAACUACGCCUCAAAGGCAUAGACAAGAAUCAACCAAUGAAGACAAUAACGAGAACUAUGAUUAUAGUAGGGUGAGCGGUGGAGCGAGUAGUGGACUUGCUGCUAGAAGGUCAAUGUGGGCACCUCCUGCUAUGACCAAACCUACACCUCAAAGGCAUAAACAAGUGAUAGAGGAUGACGACUCUGAUGACAACAACAGUCCGCCAAUUUCUGCAUUCGCUAGAAGGGGCCUGCGGUCACCCCCUCCUAAGUCCAAAAUUUCUAAGCAAGAGGCAGCAAAUGAAGAUCAUGAUGAGGACAAUGAUUAUAGUAGGUUGAGCAGUAAAGGAAGUAUUGGGGUUGCUGGUGGAAAGUCUAAGCAGUCGCCCACACCUUUGUGGUCACCCAUACCUAUGGCAACUACCAAAAGUACACCUCAAAAGCUUAAAGAGGAGAUAAUGAACCAACAUAUCAACAGGGAAAAUAAUGAGAAGUAUGAUUAUAAUUUGGUGAGCAGCACGACAAGAAUUGGACUUACUGGUGGAAGGGCACUACGGUCACCCUCUCCUGUGAGCAGAACUGUAGCUCAAAAACAUGCACAUAUGGUAGCAAACCAAGUGUUGGAUGAAAAUAAUGAUGAUAACCACUCUUAUGCUUCUAGCUUGGCAAGUGGCAAGGAAAGCAUUGGUCAUGCUGGUGGAACGGCAGUGUGGUCGCCUUCUCCUACGUCUGUUGGCACCAAUCAAGAAGAACAUGCUGCCGCACAUUCAACAUCAAGUGCACAAUCAUAUUUAUCCAUGAAUUCUGUGGAACAACCAUCACUGGCUCAUUCAGUUGAACGACCAUUGGAGUCCAUCAACUCUGUAGAACAACCUCUACCUGCACAUUCCACAAUGACUAGUCAAUCAUCUCAAUCAACCAAUUCCAUUGAUCAAUCUCCUUCCAAAGUCAAAACAAUCCCUUCUGGCACCAACAAUGUACCUGAGGAUAACCAAAGGGUUAAAAGAUAUUCAAUAGAUUUUGGAAGUACAAAUUUGAAGGAAGCUUUUCCUGAGCAUUCUGCUUCUGCCCUAGAAGAUGAGGUGGAUAUUCUACAGGGAGAAAAUGAAAGUUUACUUCAAAAGCUUCAACAUGCAGAGGAGAGAUGCGAGGAAGCAGAGGCAAGAGCUCGGCUGCUUGAGACACAGGCUGGUUCGAAAGCUGCUGUGCAGACUCAUGGUGGUAACAUUAAUGCUAGGAGUGAGGCAACAUAUGCUCUGGAGCAGCUCCGUGAUGCUGAGGAUGAAAUUAGAUCACUACGGGCCAUGACUCAGAGACUGACACUGACGCAGGAAGAGAUGGAAGAGGUGGUUUUAAAGAGGUGUUGGCUUGCCCGCUAUUGGAAUUUAUGUGUUCAACACGGCAUCCUUGCGGACUUUGCUAGUGAGAAGUAUGAAUACUGGUCUUCAUUUGCACCUCUUCCUGAUGAAGUUGUAAUGGCUGCUGGGCAAAGAGCUAAAGAGGAAAAGUCAUCAGAGGCCAGUAAUGCAGAGGAAAGAGAAAAAAUUCCACAGGACUUGAAAGAACAGUCUGUAGAAGGAAAUAUUGAAAGUAUGCUUUUAGUGGAGAAAGGUCUGCGGGAACUGGCCUCAUUAAAGGUAGAGGAUGCCGUAGCACUUGCCAUGGCACUCCAUCGACACCCAAAUCAGCUGAAACUUGAUGAAGUGAAACUACCAACUGAGGGACAGUUUGAGGCAUUUGCAUUGAGUCAAGAGGAGUCUGAAGAUACGCGCUUUAAGCAGGCUUGGCUUACAUAUUUUUGGAGAAGAGCUAAAAACCAUGGGGUGGAACCAGACAUAGCAGAUGAUCAACUGCAGUUCUGGAUCGAGCACAGCAAUUGUUAUUCCAGCUCCCAUGAUGCAGUUGAUGUUGAACGAGGUCUUACGGAGCUCAAGAAGUUAGGCCUUGAGAGCAAACUAUGGCUUGCAACUCGCAAAGGGCUUGAGCAAGACUUGAAAUCACAGGAAGGGUCGGAAUUCUAA